AUGAGUGUUUCCAGUGCGGCCAGCUCUUUCGAUUCUAUAAACUCUAUAGUUUCUGGAUCGACAACAGAGGUGGAUACAGAUUUUGGUAACGGCCCACUGAGCUUUGUAGAGAGUUUUGAUAGCUAUCCUGAGGUCCAAGCAGUGGUGGAAUACUCCUUACGUGGGUGGAUCAGACUUGACGAUCAUUCAGAGGAGGACGACGCUGCCCUGUAG